GGAAAAAACGAAAACAGCGCGCGAGCCCUCGGAGCCGUGCUGCGCGGAGCAUUAGGCUAGUUGAGUGAGCUCUAGGUCCCUCGCACGUCACACUCGCUUAAGGAUUGUGUAAAAAUGGGCACUUUGACGCUCUCUCUCGCGAUCCUCGCACCUGGCAAUGCCUUGCUGCCGAUGCGAGCACGCCGUUUAGCGCCUGCGCGUGUCUCAAUGGACUACAUGAAUCCGACGGCUGGUGGUAACAUGGGCGGUCCAGCGGCCUCGACAAAGAGUCAGAUUUUGACCGAGUCACCUUCCGGCAAGAAGCAGGACUUCCUCGAAGCCUCGCCCUAUUGGGAUCAGGCCACGGUUCCGGUUAAUACCUGGAAGAACAAAUCCCCUUACACUGCAAAGGUAGUUUCCUGCAAGCGCAUUGUUGGGCCCGAGGCGACCGGUGAGACGUACUUUUCCGCGCAAUCCAACUAACAAAAUCAAAGUCAUCAGCGAAACCUUAAUCGUCGCAGGUGUCAUAUCAUCUUUGAUCACAAAGGAGAGAUGCCGUACUGGGAGGGCCAGUCGUAUGGCGUGCUCCCACCAGGUACUAAUCCCAAAAAUGGCAAGCCGCACACGGUUCGACUGUAUUCAAUUGCAUCGUCACGGUACGGUGAUGACAUGUCUGGUCAGACCUCUUCGCUGUGUGUCCGCCGCGCGACUUACUGGGACCCUGAAAUGGGCAAGGAGGAUCCGGCCAAAAAAGGUGUAUGUUCCAACUAUCUGUGCGAUAGUAAACCUGGAGACGACUGCAAGAUGACCGGUCCAUCUGGCAAGGUCAUGCUCAUGCCCGAGGAAAAUUCUAAGACAGAUUACAUCAUGGUUGCCACUGGCACUGGCAUUGCCCCGUACCGUGGAUUUAUCCGUCGCCUUUUCACCGAGACUACUCCUGCCGGUGAAGCAUACCAAGGCACUGCGUGGCUCUUUCUUGGAGUUGCCAACUCAGAUGCCCUUCUCUAUGACGAGGAAUGGCAGGCAGUUCUUGCCAAGCACCCGGAUAACUUCAAACUUGACUAUGCCCUCUCAAGGGAGCAGAGCAACUCCAAAGGAGGCAAAAUGUAUAUUCAGGACAAGGUAGAGGAAUAUGCUGAUGAUAUUUUCAAGCGUCUAGAGAAUGGCGCAGUCAUGUACUUCUGUGGUCUCAAGGGUAUGAUGCCCGGUAUCCAAGACAUGCUCCGUGGUGUCUGUGCCAAGAAGAAUAUUGAUUAUGAUGAGUUCAUAGCCAAGCUCAAGAAGGCUGGGCAAUGGCGAGUUGAAGUUUAUUGAAGCAUUCAUUUAUUUAGGUAUCAUACGGAGGCUGAUUGAUUUCAAUAUAAACGAACGAAGGAAGAGGUGGCGUCUGCCAGUGAGCUGAUGCAACCGCCCAGGAAAACACCUUGGCAAAUAAAUAAAUAGAAAUAAAUACCGCCGGCGUGACUUGGUCCCUAAGAAGUUAGCCGGAGACAUUCCCACUGGCAUAUGUAUUCAUAGGGCGCCACCCGGGGUAUUUCUUUCUUCUAAGAUUAGGACGCAUCCUCCAUGAGUCCGAGUCCGAGUCCGAGUCCUACCCUGCGAAUCAUGAUGAUCUUAAUACUGCGUGG